AAAAAUCAAAUUGCCGACCAUAGGGUAUAUUUUGAUGUUUUUGCCGAAAACCCACUCAACCCAAAGAAAUUAACUCGUCUCUCUCUUCUGUCUCUGUCCCUUUUAAUUCAUCUAUCUCUUCCUUCAUUAUUUCUUCUGUCAGAAAAAAUCACAAAGUACAGGGUUUAAGUUUCUACUUCUAGGGUUUAUUUUUCUUUAGCAAAAAUGCAACAACAGCAACAGCAACAGCAACAGCAACCACAACCACCAGUCUUGAACUCUGCUCCUUCUUUGCCUCUAAAUGCCAUUACCACUGAGCAGAUUCAAAAGUUCUUGGAUGAGAACAAAAAUUUGAUUCUUGCCAUACUGGAAAACCAGAAUCUUGGAAAACUCUCAGAAUGUGCUCAGUAUCAAGCCAUGCUUCAGAAGAAUUUGAUGUAUUUAGCUGCUAUUGCUGAUGCCCAACCACAACAAUCAGCAGCAACCUCACAGCUGCAGGCUCCAUCUGCUCCCCAACUUGGAAACCAGAUGCAGCAAGGUCAGGCUGCUGCUAUGCAACAGCAACAGGGCGUCUCUGUUUCCAAAUUGCCUUUCCAGCUCAACUCCCUUCCGUCCCAGGAGCAGCAACAGCAAAUGCUCCAGUAUCAGCAGCAGCAACAGCAACAAUUCCAAGGCCAAUAUAGCUUUGGACCUACUGCCAACAAUGCCAUGCGUCAACUUAUGCAACCUGGAUUAAGCAACACAGGAACUCUGGAUGUACGAGGAAAUAAGCAAGGCAGCUUAGAAGGUAAUCCUAGUGAUGGCCUUGGAAAAUCAGCUGCGAGGCAUGUUAAUGGUGAGAGGGAAUAGGCAUUUAACUUUUUAUUUGUUGUUAAAUGAUUAUGCACCGUAUUUAUCUAUGUAGGUAUGUUUGAUAAGGAUGUUUUUUAAACUGCGGAGCCUAACAUUAUGUCCGUUAAAGCCAAUUGAUGGCAAAGCUUUGUUCUAGUUUCUUAAA